UAUACAGUACUCGUUUGAGCAGCUGUUUGGCAAUGUUACCAACAUACAAAAAAAUUGCUUGCAUCGAAUGGCGACGUAUCGUGGUGUAAAAAUUGUGAUUUGACGACGUUUACUAUUGAUUUUUCGUUAUAAUUAUGCUCAUCAAGGCUAUUGAUGUUUCUUUAUACUAAUUGUGUGUAACUCACAAGUGUAGUUUUUAAAUUAUUCUAAAUAUGUUGACAUUCGUGUGGAACUUGAUAAUUUAGUGACGCUUUGAGUGUUGUAAAAAUGGUUACCUCAAAUAAAUUACCCGAGAAGAAGUUUGUGAAAAUGGCUGGACAAAAUAGUGUUGCUGUUGUGCCACAAAGAACUUUACUUGGAGAAGUCAACGAACACAUAACGUGCCCAUUAUGUCGUGGAUAUUACAUCGAUGCUACCACGAUUGUGGAAUGUUUGCAUUCGUUUUGUCGGAGUUGUAUCAUAAAACAUUUACAAGCCAAAAGCUACUGUCCUGUAUGCGAAAUGAUGAUUAACUCUGCUAAACCCAAUAUAAAACUUGAUAAGGCACUCCAAGACAUAGUAUACAAACUAGUUCCAGGCCUUUUUCAAAAAGAAAUGGAACGGCGACAGCAAUUCUAUUCCUCAAGACCGGGUCCUGCAGCUUCAGCCACUCCUGAACAAAGAGGUGAAGACACAGAGAGAAUUAUCUUCAGUCCUGAAGAUGUGAUUUCAUUUUCUUUGGAGUAUGCAGAUUUAACUGAUACUGAUAGUAUAUCCAGUAAAUCAUCUGACAGUAAUGAACCACAGCCUGCAUUAGGUGUUGCUAGAAGAUUCCUCCAAUGCCCAGCAGUUGUAAAUAUAAGCCACCUAAAGAAAUUUCUUAGUAUGAAAUUUGAUAUAGAUAGUACACAAUUUGCUAUUGAUAUACUUUAUAAAAGGGUACCAUUGCCUGAUUACUACACAUUAAUGGAUAUUGCUUAUAUAUAUAAUUGGAAAAGGAAUGAACCAAUGCGAUUUUUCUAUCAAAUUAUUGAUUACAUAGCCAUAAGGAAUAGAAUUUUUGAUAUAAAUAGAAAAGGUUCACAUUUCGGUGACCGAAAGUCAAGUCCAACAUCUACAGAAGACACAAAUGUCUGUAGCCCAGUGCCAAACUUGAAUGAUCAAGGGUCUGAAGGUUCAUCAGGAGCUGAAAGCCCAAUGCCUGACGAGACUACUAAACGUGUUAAUGAGGUGUUAAAAAAGGGUGACAAAAGUGUUCCAACAAAUAAAGAUUCUGUGAAAGAUGAUGUUCACACUAGCAAAAUUGCUAAUGCAUCUCCCAAGAAAUGCGAUGAAGAUGUUGAAAAGUCUCAAUUUUUAAAUUCAUUUGAAUUGACUGCCAAGAAUAAUUGUUUGCCUGUAAAAUCAUCUCCUUCAAAAUCAGAUAACACUGAGAAUAAUAGUUCUACUGAAACAGCAUCAAAAGCUCCAAUAGUUUCUCCUAGGGUUGAAGAAUCAUUAAAAAGAAAACAUCAAACAUCUUCAAAUACGCCGGAAUUCAAAAAAUUUAAACUUGAACUGGAUAAAACUAAAUCAACUGUUUCUACUAUCAACAAUGUGAAUAAUAGUUCUGUUCAAAAUACACUUCAGAAUGUAAAAACCUCAGACUUCUCACACAAAGGAAAUGAAACUGAAAGUACAACAAAAAAUAUAUCAUUACCAUCAAGCAUUGCAGCGACGUUCUCUUCAACAGUGCCCAAAGAUAAUAAGCCGCAACUGACUUCCUUGGUGAAACCAAUGACAAUGCCAGAUACUACAGGCAUUAAGCGAACAGUACCUGUAUCUCAAAACAACAUUUCUUCUCCUAAACGAAAACCUGCCACUACUGACACUCAACCAAUCACACAUCAGCUUACCAGUGUACAAAAAACAGUCUCCCCUUUGAAACUACAAGUUUCAAAAAUAGAAACUCAAACUUCUCAAACACUUAAAACAGACAUACAAAAAAUGCCUGUAAAAAAAAUUCCAGAUUUAAAGCCAAGUUCAUUGGUAACACAAUCUUCGCAAAUUAAGGGACAACCUGUAAAUAAAUUAAGAAUGGAUCUUCUGGCUAAUAACAGUGAUCCAACAAUAGAUAGGAGUAAAAUCUUAUCACAAGUAAAAACAUCAUUAGGUGGCUCAAGUGGUACUCCUAAUUCUGGAGAUCCUUUAAAAUCCAUAUUUGAUUCAUGCAAUAUUAACAUUCCGUCAUCAUUAUCAAUUACUUUAACUGAUCAAAAAUUAGAUCCUCGUAACCCUAAUGAAUUAAUAUCUACUGACCAUAAAAAGAAUCUUGUCAAUAAGAAUUUAGCAGGUGCACUUAGUGCUUCUACACAUAAAGUACCAAGUCCACCAGUUCAUAACUACAUUGAAAUAUUAAAAUUACCAGAUACAGAUCCUAAAAAAACUAAUAAAGUUGAUAGUGCUGCUGUUAGUAUAACCAGCAAACCAGAUAACAAUACUAUGCAACCAAAACCCGUUAAUAAAUCUGAAACUUCCGCCAAAGGCCCAAUUCCUAACUUAAAACCUAUUGCCGACACUAAAUUAGGUAAGCAAUCUGGAAACUUUUCAGCUCCAAUUACGUUUCAACAAACUUUUGAGCAACAAUUGCAAUCUCUGCAAACUGAUAAAAAACCUAAAUUGCCUAAAACUAAACCUCAAGUUCCUAAACUGGUCCCUGCACCAAAAGUGUUCAAUGUUGUCAGUAAAUCUGUAAACCUUAACAAUAAACCUAGCACUGCUAGUGUAUCUACUGAACCUAAACCCAGUUCUGCUUUAGAUUUGUCAACUCCACAUACUUCUCAAACUCCAGUUGCACCACAACAAACAUUUGAUAAAGCUUUGGAAACAAUGCAAUCUAUAGCAAAUCUGGCUAAAAAGCAAAAUUUGCCAUCAAAAGGCUUGCCUUUAACUUCAAUGGCUCAAAGCAAUGUAUUUUCUUCUAUGCCAAAUAGACCUUUGGCGUCCACUGUGACCCCUAUUCGAGUUCCAACUGCUAAUAAUAACCAAAUUAAAGUUGAUAAAACUAAUUCUCCCCACGCUAAUAUUACAAGACAGGAAAUUGGCAAAACCAAUCCUAUAAAGACAACAGGUAAUAAUAGUACAGUUGUAUCUUCAACGAAUUAUUCCGUCGGCAUACUUAAUACGCCAAAUACAACACAGCCUUCGCCAAGACAAACUCGCUCCCCUAGUUCAUCUCCGAAGUUAGUUAUUGCAGAGGAAAAACAAGCAACAAGUUCACUAGAACCUAUUGCCAACCAAACUAUGCCUAUGAACCCAUCUAUGCCUUCUUUGAGUUCAUCUAAAAAUGAAUCUCCUAAACCACAAGCAGGGCCAUCUAAAUCUGGUCUUAAGCCAAUAAAACCCUUAACACCUUCAGUUAAAGUUUCCGGAAUCCGUCCUCCAAUGACUUUGACUCCCACAAUAAAUACAUCUGCUGAUUAUUUGAGACCCCAAUUAAUAUCUACACACAGUCAUUACAUACUUACCUAAAAUACAUCUUUUCAGAUGUCAGUACUUCAAGCCAGACUGCCAUUCAAAUCUCGUAAGAAACUGCCAGUGCUUGGCAAAAAGAAGAAAGUAGAUAUUGAGAACGAAGAUAGUUGUCCUAUUCCACCAACUAGAAGUGUUUUAAAGAGACAUUUGAAAGAAGACAAUAUCGAUGUAGCAGAUGCUUGCUCGGCAAAUAAAAUUGUAAAAAAGCACGAGAUCAACUUAAAAAAUGAAGAUGAUUUAGGAGCUGCAAAACAUACAAAUGAAGCUACGAAACCACUGACUAGCAGGGAAAAUGAAAUAGACAUUCUGAAAACUUUUUUGAUCGAACAUCUUGACAAAGAAGAGUCCUCAUCAAUAUACAUUUCGGGACAACCUGGAACUGGGAAAACGGCAAGUUUGUCGUAUAUUUUGCAAUUACCUGAGAUUGUUGAUGGAUAUGAACAAGUGUACAUAAACUGUACGAUGAUGAAAUCUGCAGCCAGUAUAUUUAAUAGAAUUUGUAAAGAUCUGAAGUUGAAAACGACUGGAGUUACGGAAAAAGCCUGCUUGACAGCAAUCGAAAAGCAUCUGAGAAAAAAACAUAAAAUGAUCCUGUUAGUGUUGGAUGAGAUCGACCAAUUGGACAGCAAGCGGCAGUCCGUUCUGUACACGAUAUUCGAGUGGCCGGCGAUCCCGGAUUCCCGUAUCGUGCUCAUAGGCGUCGCUAACGCGUUAGAUCUGACGGAGCGCACGCUGCCUCGGCUGCAGGCGCGCUGCUCGCUGCGCCCGCGCAACUUACACUUCGCGCCGUACACCAAGGAACAGAUCAUUCAGAUAUUUACUACAGUGCUGGCCAAUGAAGACAGGAGUAACGUGUUUUCACCCGUCGCUUUGCAAAUGUUAGCAGCUAAAAUCGCAGCGGUUUCCGGCGACAUGAGAAGAGCCUUAGAUAUAGGACGGCGGGUGAUAGAACUCGCGAGGCGUAAUAAAUUUAAAGAGAAUCAGUCGGUUGACACCAUGAUGAAAGAUUCCUCGGUGACGGUGGAACUCAAACAGGUGUUGGAAGUCCUCAACAAUAUUUACGGCGGUUCAAGAAAGAUCGAAAAUGACGUGGAUGAGGGCUUCCCGAUGCAACAGAAACUCAUCCUGUGCAGCCUAAUGUUGAUGCUGACGAAAGGAAAAAAUAAGGACAUCGUCAUGGGAAAACUGCACGACGUCUAUAAAAAAGUGGCAAUAAGCCGCAACAUCGCGCCGCUAGACAUGAGUGAGAUGGCGGGCGCGUGUUCUUUGCUCGAAUCGUCCGGCGCCCUGCGCGUGGGCGGCGGGGCGGCGCGCGCGCGGCGCCUGCGCCUGCAGUGGGACGAGGCGGAGCUGGCCGCCGCGCUGCGGGACAAGCCGCUGCUCGCCGCCAUCCUCGCGGGAAACGUCUGCCUCUAGUCUGUAUGUAGACUCAGGGCUACCUUAAAUCAGUGUUUUUCAACCUGUGGGUCGCCAAAAAUUUUUUCAUACUAGGGGGUCGUGUC